CUCUUUAAGCUAAUUCUAGAUUCCAAAUAUCGAACUUUGUAGUCAAUCCAAUCUCGUUGCAACAACAUCAAAAUGUUCAAAAUGAUUAAGUCCAAUCAAGGUCAUGAUUUGAUUCUUUUUGAUAAAUUUGUGUAUCGCAAAAAAUCGAAGUAUGGAACUACAACAUAUUGGACUUGUGAAAGUAAAGAUUGUAAAGUUCGUGGCAAGUUAGUUGACGGAAAUUUCACAGUAAAUAGUGACCAUCUUCAUGAGCCUGAUGAAAUAAAAUUGAUCCAACGACAUCAAAAUAAAUGGAUAAAAGAAAAGGUCAAAACAAAUCCAACUGAUACUGGUCAUCGAAUAUAUUACGAGUCAAUACAAGCCCUACGUGACGAUCUAAAUGUAAGUGCUGAUCAAUUUGAAGUGGCAAUAAAACCUUUCAUCAGUGUCCAAUCGAAUAUUGCGAGGACUAAAUUCCAACUUGUACCAAAGUUACCAGAGUCAAGGGAAGCAAUAGAAAUACCUGAUAAUUUCAAAAGAUUACCAAACGGAGAGAAUUUUUUAAUAGCUAAUGACGAAGGACCUGAUAAAAUAUUGGUAUUUGGUACUUUUCAAUCAUUCAAAAGACUGGUGGACUCAGAUAAAAUCUACAUGGAUGGAACAUUCAAAUUCUGCCCUCAACUAUUUUAUCAAAUAUACACAAUUCAUGUAAUGAUCGGUAAGUUAAUGGUUCCUGUUGUUUACUGUUUACUUCCUGAUAAAAGAAAAGUCACAUACGAUAGAAUGUUCGAUUUGCUGAUAGAUUAUGGUUUACAACAUGGUAUGAACUUGAACCCAAAAGAAUUUUCAAUUGACUUUGAAGCAGCAAUUUUAUCAUCAAUUGAAAGCAAGUUUCCAACAGCAAAGAUAACUGGUUGCAUGUCUCAUUUCGCUCAAUGUAUUAAACGAAAAGUACAAAGCUUAGGAUUAAUCAAGAAAGUUUAUGAAAAUGAAACUAACGACUACUUAAAGACAGUGAGAAGACUUGAAUCUUUACCAUUCAUAAAGCAAGAGGAUCUAACAGAAGUGUUUGAGACAAUUGUUGUCCAAUCGCCAGUAGAUGAAAAAAUGGACGAGUUGUUGGAAUAUUUCUUCGAUAACUUCUAUCGAGAUGGAGCUCGUUUCCCUAAUAGAAUUUGGAAUCCUUCUGAUAAUGACGGACCAAUGACAACUAAUCACAUCGAGGGCUCGCAUAAUCGACUAAAUCAAUGCGUAAAAAUUGCUCAUCCUAAUAUUUGGGUAUUCAUACAAAGAAUAAUGGAUCAACAUAAUCAUAAUGAAUUGAAAUUAAUAGGCCAACAAAGCCCUCAAAAUGGGGUACAAAGAAGGAAAAAGAUUGAAUUGAUUGAAAACCGACUAAAAGAACUCAAGCAGAAGCACAACAACCGAGAAAUCGACUCAAUGAGAUAUUUGGACUUGGUCAAGUAUAUAAAAACAGCAAUAUAAAUCAUUCAAUAAUUCAAUGUCAUGAUCAACCUAAUUCAUAUCACUAUAAUUCACUGCAUAUUGCUUAAAUUCCAAUGUAAUAAUAACCAAAAUUUCGUAUUGAAUUAAUAAAAAAGU